AUGGACGAGAGUGGCGUGGCCACUGCGCCGUCAUCGUCCGGAUUCGUCUCCCUCAUGGACGAUCCUGCGUUCUCUGCCACCCCUGUGGCGCCUCAUGCGCCAACCAACUUUGCGAGGCAAGGAUCUGCGUCCUUCGAUGACGAAGAGGAUGACCUCGGUCUCGGCAACUCAUCGCAUCGUCCCAAGGAGAAGGCGGCCGCUGAGGACCAAACUGCGGACAAUGAGCAUGCUUCACAUGAGGCGACGGAAGGGUCCAAGCCCGCUCAGGCUGAUGAGAAGCCUGAGUUGAAGUCGUCGUCUGGCUCAUGGAUUACUCGGUUGUGGAAGCGUGACUCAACGCCUGCACCUGUCAAGGCCAACCUCGGAGAGCAGACAUCAUUCUACUAUGACAAGGAACAGAAGCGUUGGGUAAACAAAAGUGCUGCAUCUGAAGAACCGAAACCGACACCUCUACCGCCACCUCCCCGAGCGCAGACCGCGUCGCCUGGCAGGUCGCUUGGUGGACUCCCUUCUGGUGCGACACCGCCCCCGCCUCCACCAGCGCGACCGGCCACGGCCAAUGCUAUGUCUGCCGGUCCUCCGCAGCGCCCACCCAUGCGGGUGCGCUCAAACUUGGUGCCCAUGGAGACGGAGAACGGGUCUGCACCUCCGACGCCAAACUCGGCCACGACGCCUCCGCCCUCAAGCGGUACGCCGCCCCCGGGAGGCACUCGAUCCGGAGCACGCGCUAAACGGCCUAUGCGGAGCCGCUAUGUGGACGUGUUCCAACAGGAGCAGCAGGCUGGAGGGAAUUGACCACUCUGGUCCUCAUAUCACAACUAGAGGUAAUACCCGUUAUGACGUAAUCUUCGCAUACUUAUAUCCGGUGCAUUAUCGUUUUGGACGUUUGAAUAUACGGCGUCUUUCUUGUCUCACGGAUAGUCUCAGAUAUUCGCAA